AUGCCAGAGUUUGGCGAAGUGCCCGGAAAGGCACCAAGAAGGGUGAAGGUAUACCUUCUCCAAGGAGAAGAUUGGAUAGACAACGGUACAGGCUACUGUGUUGGAGAGGUGGAGGAGGAAAGUCGCAAACCGUACUUUCUCGUACGCAACGAGUUAAAUACCGAUGAAAUUAUAUUGAAGUCUUUCUUGGAGGGCUCGAUACAAUACCAACGACAGCAGGAGACGUUAAUAGUAUGGACGGAUCUACUGGGCAAGGACUUGGCACUUCUGUUUCAGGAAACAGAGGCAUGCGCAGACUUGUGUGAGUUUAUCAUCAAGAUACAGCAAGAGAAGUAUGCACCAGAAAUAAGUCUCUACUACGUUAUACCGAACAAUAAUAUAAUAGAUGAGGAGUACAGCAAUGCCAAUGGAAAUGCCAAUAACGGCACUGGAACGAUACCCACAGAAAUAACUGAACUAGUAACUGGUCCCAUAAACUUUCCAGACGUACCGCCAACGCUAGACAACUUGGAACACGUUCUUGAACUCAUAAACCAGGGCAGCAAUUCCCAGUAUACACGUAGCAGCAUCUCCAAAUUCAUCAAGGAAGAAGAAUACCUACUUGCUCUCAUAUCUGUAUUCAAUAAAGCUGAAAAAUUGCAAAAGUUGGAUAGCUUGCACAUCACUUGUGAAUGUGUGAAGACAUUGAUUCUUUACAACGAGGCCAGCAUAAUAGAGGACUUUGUGCUGACGGAAGAAAAGAUAUACGGGCUAGUAGGAAUAUUGGAAUAUGACCAAGAGUAUCCAAAUUUUAAGGCCAGCUAUAGAGACUACUUGAAUGAUAAAUCCAAAUUUAAACAUGUGAUAGACUUACCAGAUAAAGAGAUAUUGAAGAUAUUUAAAAACGAUUUCCAUUUGAAUUUUUUGAAAGACGUGGUUUUGGCAAGAUUUUUGGACGAUCAAACCUUCAACUUGAUCAGCUCCUUAAUAUAUUUCAAUCAAGUUGAAAUAAUAAAUUUCUUGAAGGACACCAAAAAGGAGAAUAAGUUUCUAGAUGAGCUAUUCAAAUUGUACGAACGAGAUGAAAGCGAAGAAGCGGAUGAAAAGAAGGAAACCGAUAUAGAUUGUCAGCGGAGACGGGACGGUGUCAAGCUACUUCACCAAUAUGUGUUGAUUGCAAAAUCCUUACAAUCUUUCCAAAAGCUGGAGUUUUUUGCUGUCUUAGUGAAAAAAGGAUUGUUCAAAAUGGUAGGAUUUGCCUUAAGGGACCUGGAAGCCACUGUGAGGACAUUGGGCACUGAGUUGAUCGUUGUUAUUAUCGAGCAAGACGCUUCUCUAGUCAAUUCCAUAGACAAUGACAUUGAAAUAGAUAAUUCAGAUCCACCCACGGAACAAAGAAUUCCACCAAAGUUAGAGGAAGAAGCUGGAGAUGAAUCCUUGGCGGCCCUGGAUGAAACUGGCAAUGGCAGAGAUUUCGAUGUGACUGUAGAAUCCAAGCUUCAUCUUAAGCUCUCUGACGAUAUGACCUUAAUGCAAAUAUUAACUAAAUUGUUAAUUGAAGAUAAAAACCCUGGUUUAAAGAUGCAAGCGUUCGAAGCUUUAAGGAUUUUGCUUGACUCCAACAUUGCUACUAACUCAUUGACCCCCAAUGGAAGCUCUGGCUCUGGUAAUAAUGAAUUUGAAAUUGAUCACUUGAGGAAUGAGUUUAACAAUGAGAAACGAGGAAGCACAGGAAACGGAGCAGGAGAUGACUUCAAGGAUAUUAACACAAGCAAUUAUUUCCAGGCAUUUUAUGCACAGGUUGCUCCGGAAUUGUUUGCAAAUUUGAUCAAAUUUGGAGAAAGACAGAAUGGAGCUGAAAUUGAUACACUAUUAUUGCAACAUCUCUGUGAUUUGAUUUCAUUUUGUACUAAAGAACAUGAAUCGUACAUUUCAAAACCAUUUUUCCUCAAGAAUAAUAUCCUUUUAGGAAUAGGUAAAGUCAUAGGAGGUGGAAUAGCCACGAAGACAACUUUGAAACUUACAGCUAUAAGGUGUUUGAAGAAUAUCAUUUUGUUGAAUGAUGAUGAUUACGUUAAGUAUAUCAUAGAUCACAAUAUUUUUGGAUUUAUUUUCAAAUUUUUCAAAACGAUCUCCAAUGAAAACAAUUUGGCUAACUCAUCAUGUCUUGAUUUAUUAGAAAUCAUCAUCAGAAAUGAAAUAAAUCCAAACUCCCGGACUCUAGCCAAGUUUAUAUACUGCGAAGAACGGGAAUUCCUUGAACAUGAAUUAAAUUAUGUUUCCACAGGUAAAGAUUUUAUCCAUAUUGUUGAAAAAUGUGACAACAAUGAAUUAGACUUGAAUCUGCAUAACGCGUCUACUCCAAUAAAUAAUGAUGAGAUUGAUGACGAGAUUGAGCUUGAAGAUAACAAGAAUCCCGUAAAAAUUUUCAAUGGUAUUGAAACAGAAAUCAAAAGAAAUGGUGAAAAGAGACACUUAGAGGAAGACGAGGUGGAAAUUAAGAAGAAAUUUGCAUCCAGCGAUCAUGGAAUUAAUGAAAAACACACCAACGGAGCAGACGCAGACGAUGUCGAUGUGGAUCAGAGCGAAAACGGAACCGCGGAAGAAGAGGAAACUACAUAUGACGAUAGCUCCAAAACUACGAAUGGUAAUCACGAUUCCAACAACUUCUCACCAAAGAAACUCUCUAAGUCAAUCAAAGGUAAGCUUUCUUCUGCAAGCAAGAAGAUUGCACAUUCACUAAAGCAAAAUGCAAAAUAA